AUGCCCGAGGGUAUAAAGGCCUCGUUCGAAGGAAACGAUGUAUUUGUAGUGGUAGACGACAUAAGAGUGAGAAUCAAAAGGGACACGUAUACGGCUGUCGCACCGAGCAAUGACAACGCCUCUGUCAUCAGAGACAUUCCUUUAGUCGAGAUACGAUCCCUGCAUGUAAAGAACAAUGAGGGGUUCUUCCUAAAGCUGAAUCUACUUGAAGAGACCAUUAUACUUAGAUUUAGCUCCCACCAUUCCAGAGAUAUCAUCAAGUCAAUAAUCCUCUCGUUCAUGAAGACAGACCAGGACAUAGCAAAGAGGAUCCUUGAGUCUGAUCCAUCCACGAGAAUGUUAUUCAACAACCUGAAGCAAUGGGUUUCUCCCUCGAAGUUCUGGUCGAUCAACAAGGACAAGAUGAAACAAAUGAUUUCCAUAGUCAGGCAGCAGCCGUCAAGAGAACUGGAGAUCGACGAAAAGACCUUUAUAUCCUCGUUGGACCCUAUUCUUCUGAAUGUGUUCGAGCAGAUGAACUGCUCCAUCAACCAGUUUUAUAACCUCCUAAGGCAGUCGUACUUUUGUGAUCCCAAGAACGAGAAAAACAGCCUGGAUAGGAUGAUCAACUCUGCAGUAAGAGACUACGAGGUUAGGCAGGAUUUCGCCUCCAGAAUCAACACCCACUCGAUCCUGGCCUUGAAGCCCAUUGGAGACGUGGAAAUCCAUCCGAGCACAAGAGAGGGAAAGAAGGUGGAAUUCUUGCCUAUAUAUCCAUUUGAGGAAGAGGAGAUAGAAAGGCCAAGAAGAAAGUUUAGGUUCGAGAAGAGGCCUCUGAGGUGCGAGGUUGAGCUUGAAGUCGUGCCUAUGGCAGAGAAAAAAGCAUUUGAGAAGAAAGAUCUUGCAUGGAUUAGAGACCUGUCAAAGAUUGUGUACAAGUCGAUGAAGGAGAAGGAUAGAGAAUUCUUAAAAGAAGUGACUGGAAUCACCAAGAGGUUUCUAGACAAUAUGGAGAAGAAAUACGGAAAGGGGUGCGAUGUUUACCUCAAAAGGAUCCUGCCAACGUACUUCAUCGAAAAAGAAGACAGAUAG